AUGGCCAAGUCCAUUCUCAAUGAAGUGUACCAGCGCCUGCGCACCGCGGCUCCGGUGUACGCAACGCAGCUGAAUUCGGAGCAGGAGGGCUUCGUAUGUGGCCUAACGCUGCCAGGAGUCGAUGUAGGGGUGGAAGCCUUGCGAACAGCCCGCGAGUUCAGCGGGCGUGGCAUCACCAAGAAGGAGGCGGAGCACGCGGCCGCGGCCGAGGCCGUCGCGUGGCUGCGCGCCGAGGGCCUCGUCAGCCCCGACUCGGACUGCGACGGUGGCGCGCCGGCGCCUGCGGGGGCGUUGACGCUGGUGGGGUCGAAGCGGGCGAAGGACUUGGAGGAGGACGAUGCAGACACCCUGGAGCAGCGUGUCCUGGACGCGCUGGUCUGCCUCCACCCCAAGUCCCUCACGGGGGCGCAGCUGGCCAAGCUGUGCGGCCACUUCAAACUCAAGAGCAAGCCGGCGGUGGUGCAGCAGCAGCAGCAGCAGCAGCAGCAGCCGCCGCAGCAGCAGCGCUGGCCCCCAAGCGCACAGCCCAGCCCGGCCGCAAGCGGCAGCGCGGGCGGCUCCCGCGACCUCCAGCAGCCGGCGCGGCCGCCCUCCAAGUUCGCGCGCACCGGCCAGUCUGCGCGCCCGCGCGCUGGAUCGCAGCAGCAGCUGCAGCAGCUGGUGGAGCUCCAGCAGCAGCAGCUGCUGCAGCUGCAGCAGCUGCUGAUACUGCAGCAGUCGCAGCAGCUCGGCCAGCAGCAGCAGCAUCAGCAGCAGCUGCUGCUGCAGCAAACGCCGGCGGCCGGCCGGGGGGCGGCCGCCGCCUCUGCAGACAACUCCGUGGAUCAAGUGGCGGCGCUCCUGCAACGGCAGCUACUCCAAUCCGGCGCGCCCGCCGCGGCAGGCCCUUUUGGGACGCCGACGAGCAGCCAGGGGCGGCCGCCGCAGUAUCACAGCCCCUUGCAGCAGCCGCAUGAGCGCAGGGCGGCCGCGCCGGCGGUUGAAUUUGGCGGCCUGGGCAGCAGCUUCGCCGGCAUGGGGCUCGGCGGCGGCAGCGGCGGCAGCCCCGGCGGGCUCGGCGGCUCGGGGGCGCCGCCUGCGCUGGGGAGCGUGCUCGCGCCGCUGCUCCCCGCGACGCUGUCCGGCGGGCUCCCGGCGCAGCCGGCCGGUGGCGUGGAGCCCGAGCAGAAGCGUGAGCUACGGCGGCGCCGCCUCUGA